UACUGUCUACACUACUUUGCAAUCCAUCGAAUUCUUUUUCCUCAAUCUCUUCAUCGUCCAGUCGCGUUCUGACGCUUUGCAAAAUGUCGCAUGCAUUGAUCAGCCACACAGCCCUGCGGGCACUGAUUCUAACCCUCAUUUACGUCCAGCUACCAUUCGCGUCAUCUUUAAAAAUCUUCCCCGGCGACAUCGAAGUCAUAUUCGCCAACACGAAGCUCUCUGAUGCAUGCAAAGUUGCUCUGAACCGAGACGUGCGCUGCCCUAUCAAGGUCCGUGGCCUCAGCUAUCCUGAUCACGCACUUGAGUGGACAGUACCGGAGUUAACGACCUUAUGUGGCGCGACAUGUCGACAAGACGUAACAGCUUGGGCAGAUGGCUUGAAGGCUUCGUGUCAAAGCGAAUUGCUUGAAUAUCAGCAUGCAAAAGUUUCCCUGGCGGAAUUUGGAGAGAUGAUGGAUUUCCGAGCCGGGCACCUGUGUAUACGAGAAGGCGGAGCAAGCGGCGAGUUCUGUGUUCUCGCUCCCCGAAACUGGGACGUCAAAGCUCUUGAAAGCGCUAACCAGGCAACCUGGCCCCAGCAUACGAGCAAGUGCCUCCUGGACGAGGAUGGCACUUGUACCACACCUGAAGUGGACGAGUUUGACGAGCCUUCCAGCGUCGGUCCGCCAGAUGGUGCAUUCCUAACAAACGAUGUUGCAGCGCUGGACUUUUACAGAAAUCGAAGCCAAGCUCUCGAAGAUGCAAGACGCUCAAGCCUCGGUUGGAAUAAGGCACUGUACUUGGACGAGUUUCCACUAGAGAUCCAGUGCAAACGCUGUUUCUGGAGACCACUAGCCCUCGCUCAUCAGAGCAAAUGGGGUCGUCAAAUCUGGGAGUACGUAACCGACCACCAAGGGAGCCAUCCAGCCGAAGCUGACAGUCCAAAGCGAAUUAUCAGAAGCCAUCUGGAAUAACAUUGUAAAAAACUGCAAGCUGACUGGCGGAAAUGCUGUGGUAAAACCGUAUCGAAAUUUGACUACUGAGUACGAGUAAGCACCUUUCUGGCAACUUCUCCCGCUUUUGCCUUAAAAUCCGUAUUGUUAUAGGCCUUAUAGGCCGUGAAACGAGCCCUAUUGUUAACGAUAUAGCUUGUAGAGCCUGUAUCGUAUAGAAGGGUAUCUCGUUGCUUAGGGGCUCGAUUCGGGAACUUAGGGCCUUUAUUAGCCCUAGAGGGGACCCGAAAGCCUAGCUCUUGUGAGCUAAUAGGCUCGUAGGGCUCUUCGUCUUCGCUAGAAGAGCCUAUAACUUUAGGGAAGUUCCCUGUAAAUAGGUCG